AUGGGCGAUUAUGCCCAGCUCACCAACCACAACAUCCGUAGUUUCCUCUGGAGAGGAGUUUCUGUCACGGUAAAGGAUCGACAGACUCAUGAAGACAAGCCCAUUCUCAACAAUGUCAGCGGUAUCGUCUAUGCAGGGGAGUUGAUGGCCAUCAUGGGUCCUUCCGGUUCUGGAAAGUCAACUCUGCUUAAUGUUCUUGCCAAUCGUGUACCUGCCAAGGGAGCUUAUGCCCAGUCAGAUGUCUUCUUGAACGGCCGCCCGGCCGAGGCAGAGACGAUGCGCAAGAUCAGCUGCUACGUUGAACAAGAAGAUGCUCUGGUCGGCUCACUGACGGUCAGAGAGACGUUGAUGUUCGCAGCCCGUCUUUCGUUGCCCAAGUCUAUCAGCGCCAAGGAGCGUAUUGCACGUGUUGAGGCACUCGUCAACUCUUUUGGUCUCAACGGUCAAGCUAACACACUGGUCGGUACACCUAUAAGAAAGGGUAUCUCUGGUGGUCAGAAGCGCCGUGUCAGCGUUGCCGCCCAGCUCAUCACCAGCCCCAAGAUUCUGUUUCUCGAUGAGCCGACUUCUGGUCUGGAUUCGGCCGCCGCUUUUGAGGUCAUCUCCUUCGUCAAGGAUGUGGCUAAGAAACACAACUUGAUGGUCGUCUCGAGUAUCCAUCAGCCUUCCACGUCGACCUUCGCAAUGUUCGACAAGCUUCUCCUCCUCUCGCAUGGCAACACGGCAUACAGCGGACCAGUCAAGGACGUCCAAUCUUUCUUCGACUCAUGCGGCUUCCCCAUCCCGCUCUACAUGAAUCCUGCCGAAUUCAUCAUCGACUUCGUUAACACCGAUUUCGCCAGAAACAGAGGUGAAGUCGUCAACCAGCUCGAGAUGGUCACUGGAACAUGGCAGCGCUCAGGUCUUCACGCAGAGAAGCUGAACCACAUUGCUCGCGAGAUCUCCCACGGCGACCCAUCGCCUCACGAGACCAACAACAACGAGCAGAUUGGCGCUCACUGGUUCGCCAUCGUGAUUGCGCUUAUCCAUCGCAACUUCAUCAAGUCGUACCGUGAUAUCAUCGCCUACGGCAUUCGUAUCGCCAUGUACAUGGGUCUGGCCGUCAUGAUGGGUACUGUAUGGCUGCGCCUCGAUGCUUCACAAGAAAACCUGCAAGCCUUCACCAAUGCCAUCUUCUUCGGAGGUGCUUUCAUGUCGUUCAUGGCCGUCGCCUACAUUCCUGCCUACCUCGAAGACCGUGCCAUAUUCAUGAAGGAACGUGCCAACGGUCUCUACGGUCCCACAUCAUUCCUUGUCUCCAACUUCCUGACUGGUCUUCCCUACCUCUUCAUCAUCACUGUGCUCUUCAGUGUUGUUGUGUACUGGCUCAGCAAUUUCCGCGGAACUGCGGGAGGAUUCUGGACUUGGGUCAUGUGGCUUUUCCUCGACCUCAUCGCCGCUGAGUCUCUUGUUGUCUUCAUCACGUCCGUCGUGCCCAUUUUCGUCGUCGCCCUCGCUGCCACUGCCUUUGCCAACGGUCUAUGGAUGUGCACUAUGGGCUUCAUGGUCCGUCCUGCCGAUCUGAACCCCUUCUGGCGUUACGUCUUCCACUACAUUGAUUACCAGAGCUACGUUUUCGAAGGCAUGAUGGUCAACGAGUUCGCCUCGAGGACAUAUACCUGCCCCAAGGGUGUUGACGGUCAGUUCGAUUGUGCUUACAAGGAUCCCUUGAACGCACAGGGAUUGAUCCCUGGCACCGCUUUACUCGAUACGUAUGGCUACAAGGCCGGCAAGACUGGCCAAUACAUUGGUAUCUUGCUAGCUAUCAUCUUGGUGUACAGAGCACUUGGCUGGUUCGUGCUAUACGUCCGCCGCACCUGA